AUGUUUGAAGCACUAAAGCGUCUGUUCGGCCUAAGCCCUAAACCGAAGUCCACUUCGAAACCCGAACCAUCCAGAGAGCAGAAAAAUGCCCGGAAACAAUUCUCCAAAGCGCAUUACCGACGAGUGCGUGCCCGAGAGCGAGAAUUGCUCGCAUUCCAGACUGUCAAAGCACCCUGGGAAUGGCGACCCGGGCCCAAUGGAGAGACAUUAACGGGGCUAGGUGGCUGGCGAUCAGCAGCAGAGACGAGACUGCAUUACGGGUAUUGA